GUGUGGAAGAGUAAAGGUCUGAACAAAUCUAAGAUCAUGACCUCCGAUGCUAGUCAUAUGCUUGAAGCAGCUUUGGAGCAGAUGGAUGACAUCAUUGCAGGUACAAAGUCAGCUGCAGAGUAUGCCAAUGGUGGCUACAACAUUGUGUCCCCUGCUCCAUCAGUAUAUCUGGGCACACUUCAAAUUUUGCAUCUCUUGGAAGAUCUAAAGAUGGCAUUGGAAAUGUUAGAGGAUCCUCAAGAGAAAGAAGCAUUGCGAAGCCAAAUUCCAGGGGCUACAGCAAUGUGUAUACGGGAGUGGUUUGAAGAGAAUUUGUCACAGGUGAAUCUUCAUUCUUCUAUGAAUAAUGAAACCUAUCAAGACAGAUUGGCACGAUUAGAAGGAGAUAAAGAGUCACUCAUACUGCAGGUGAGUGUCCUCACAGACCAAGUAGAAGCUCAAGGAGAGAAAAUCCGCGACUUGGAAAUCUGUCUUGAGGGGCAUCAGUUGAAAUUGAAUGCUACAGAAGAAAUGCUUCAACAGGAGCUGCUAAGUCGAACAUCCCUUGAGACUCAGAAAUUGGAUCUAAUGGCUGAAGUCUCAGAUCUGAAGAUUAAGCUAGUUGGCAUGGAGAAGGAACAGAGCGAAUACGAAGAGAAACAGAACAAAGCAGAGAAUUUGCUACAAGAACUUAGACAUCUCAGAAUUAAAGUAGAAGAACUGGAAAAUGAAAGGAAUCAAUAUGAGUGGAAAUUGAAAGCAACCAAAGCUGAGAUCGCUCAGCUUCAAGAACAGCUAGCGCUCAAAGAUGCAGAAAUCGAGCGCUUGCAGAGUCAGCUCUCCAGGAUGUCAUCACAUCAUGAAGUUGCAGAGAAAGAGGAAGUUUAUAGGAGAAGGCUAAAAGAAAAACAUCAGGAAGUUCAGCGCUUGAAGAUAGGAAUGGAAACAUUGCUGGCUGCAAAUGAAGAAAAGGACCGUCGGAUAGAGGAGCUAACGAUACUGCUCAGCCAGUACAGGAAGGUCAAGGAGAUAAUGAUUGCAGCUCAUGGCUCUUCAGAAAGAGUUGUCUCUGGUGUCGGUGAAGAGGAAGUUGAGACAACUUUAAGGAAGUGGAAUCUUUUGAUUAAUGCUCAGGGAGAACUGUUUAAAACAGAGGUCUCGUCAGGAGAACUGUCACUGGCUGUGCUAUCUCCAGUGCCUCACAAAGCUAUGGAAAUCAGUGGAAGCAUUCCAGUAUCUUCAACUAAUCUAAUCUCUCCACAAGAAGAAUCUUUGGAAAACAGAAAUAGGGUUCCCCAGAAAAAAAAGUCAAGUAGUCUAGAAGAGUUGCAGAGUGAAUCCCUGGAAAAGUAUGUAGACGGAAAUCCAGUACAGCCUGUUGUAGAACAAGAGAAUAAGCCACUUGUGAAAGGCAGCAAAUACCAGACCUUGCCGGGGAAGCUGCCUCGACCCGCGCACAAUGGAGAGCAGGGUGGGUCCGGCGCGCCGCACUCGCCAGAGCUCUGCGACGGGAACGACAGCGAGGACAGCAGCGCCCUGAGCCUGCGAGAAACAGAAACCGUGGAUGGCACAGUAGUCCCGGACGACCUUUCACCUCUGUCUUCGGGCACAGAUUCAGGUCCCCAGUCUCCAUUGUCUCCAGAAAACAGGAAGAGUCCAAAAGGGAUCAAGAAGAUCUGGGGAAAAAUAAGAAGAACUCAGUCGGGUAACUUUCCUGCAGACGAUCUGGGCUUGGCAGAGUUUCGAAGAGGUGGUCUCCGCGCUACAGCUGGCCCUCGCUUAUCCAGAUCCAAGGAAACAAAAGGACAAAAAAGUGACUGCAAUGCCCCAUUUGCUCAGUGGAGCACUGAAAGAGUCUGUAAUUGGCUGGAGGACUUUGGUCUCGGUCAGUAUGUCAUUUUUGCACGGCAGUGGGUGAGUUCAGGCCAUACGCUGUUAACUGCAACACCUCAGGACAUGGAAAAGGAAAUGGGAAUAAAGCAUCCACUGCACAGGAAGAAAUUAGUUUUGGCAGUUAAAUCAAUAAAUGCAAAACAAGAUGAGAAGUCUGCACAACUAGAUCAUAUCUGGGUGACACGAUGGCUUGAUGAUAUUGGUUUGCCUCAGUACAAAGAUCAGUUCCAUGAGUCCAGAGUUGAUGGGAGAAUGUUACAGUACCUAACAGUGAAUGACCUUCUCUUUCUGAAAGUCACCAGUCAGCUUCAUCAUCUGAGUAUUAAAUGUGCCAUUCAUGUGCUGCAUGUGAACGGUUUCAACCCCCACUGUUUACGCAGGAGACCAGUUGAUGAGAAUAACGUUUCACCUUCAGAAGUAGUUCAGUGGUCGAAUCACAGAGUGAUGGAAUGGCUCAGAUCAGUUGAUCUGGCAGAAUAUGCACCAAAUCUUCGAGGAAGCGGAGUGCAUGGUGGCCUCAUUAUUCUUGAACCUCGCUUCAAUGGAGACACCCUGGCCAUGCUGUUGAACAUUCCACCUCAAAAGACCCUACUACGACGUCACCUAACCACCAAUUUUAAUGUAUUAAUUGGACCAGAGGCGCAACAAGAGAAGAGAGAAAUAACAGAGUCACCGGCAUACACACCUCUAACCACCACUGCCAAAGUUCGGCCAAAGAAACUUGGAUUUUCACAUUUUGGAAACUUAAGAAAAAAGAAAUUUGAUGAAUCAACAGACUACAUUUGUCCUAUGGAUACAAAUCCAGGUGCUACCAAUGGUACUCACAAGAACUAUGGUGGAUACAAAGGACUUACUCCAUUCCCUGACAGGGAAUUGGACAAGCUGGACCAGAUGGAACAUUCAGAAGGAACAGUAAUGCAAAUAGGGGCUCUUUCUCAAGGCAUAAACAAUCUUACGAAUAUGUUAAGUCAAGAUGAAAUGCUGAAUGACAACCGAUUUUUAACGCCUACCUUUGAAGACUGGAGAUGAUGCUUCACCAUGACCAACAACACUAAUACCUCAUGCCUGUCCACAGAGGUGGCCUGGAAAAGCUUGAUGCUGUGGUACAGAAAAGCUUUAGCUCUUUUCUGCCCAUGAGACUUAACAUAUAGCAUCUAAUAUUGCUAAUGUAGCAA